AUGUUUCCGACCGUCACACCUUUUCCCCCGGUUCAGCCGCACCAUCGCAUCCCCGAUGCCCUCAACUACGACUCGCACGAUCAUUUUGCAUCCAUGACUCGCAGUGACCCCUCCAAACCCUUUUAUAAUCCCAUAUCAUGGACACACCAGCAGCUCCCGCACCCGGUCCAACGCCCCAACCCCCGCGAUGCGGCCGGCACAACCUCGAAUCCCAACGCGGUCGGGGAGCAUACCCUGAGGAGGAAAACCCCCAACGGCACGCUGUCGGCUGGCUACGAUGGCACCCCUGGUGACAGCACCAUUCAGCCACCGGCAACGAAGCACAUUUUGGUCUCGCCAUUGGAAUCCGGCCAGUUUCUCUCACCCCAGGCGGCGAUGCAGACGGACGGCUGGCUACAACCCACAUUGGAUCAAUCCGCGACCCCCAAGCAUUUGAAUUUCCCACCCAUCUUCAAGAACGAUGCCGCCGGCGGCAGUGCUCUUCCCGCCGGGGAAGUGAUUCAAGAUCUGAACGGAGCCAGCUGGGUCCGCCCUGUCAACUACGCCCCUGGCAUCGACUCGGUUCUCCACCAGUCCCUUCCCCUCCAGCCAUCCCAGCGUUUUCUAUUGCAUAAUGGCGCCUAUAUCCCGACCGUGUUACCCGCGACUUUGCAACCUUGCGUUGGACCGACAGCGUCCGCUGGCACCGGGCCGUUUGGUCCGUAUUGGCCGGACGGUGUCUAUAUACCCUACCGUCCCGCUGCCUUUCGCGAUUCACGAUUCGACUCGCCAACCCCUUUUGCGAAGCAAUUCGAUGCGGCCGGCCAGCCCUUCUACGGCCCAAGUCAGACUGGGUUCAAUUCCGUUCCAAUCCCGCUGGCCAGUCGUCCUGACUCGGCAUUUCCAUGGGCUCCAUCUACCCCCGGAAUGCCUGCCUUCCCUCCCCGACACUCCGAACAACUUCCUUACCAUGCGCGCGCGAACCGAAGUAUAUCCACGCUACCACCACUAAAUACCGACCCUAUCACCUGGUCCGGCCGCCCAUCGGGGAACAAUUUCCAAAACCCCGGGCCAGCCGUGGCAGCGAGUGUGGAAUUCAAAGAGAAGGUGUUGUCUUGGGCACAUGGAGUCUAUGUUGAUCUUCUUGCCACCAUCCACCAGGCUCGCCGCAACAGCAUCUCUAAUGGAGGCGCUGAUGGCCAGAACCAUCGAUUCUUGAAACCCAGCAUAUACCCCAAGCCUCCGCGCCAACCGGGUCUCGAUUUCUCCUCACAAACCUCCGCGCCCGAGAUCCAUCGUCAUAAUAGCUACCCAUCAAGUCAGUAUGAUUUGCACACACAGAAGCUGAAUCUUUUGAGGCAAAACAACUCCUCCCACUCCACUCCUCUUUCCCAAGGAGACCGCAACAGCCGACGCCCCUCAUUGAGUCAAUUCCAACACCACCACAGGGGGUCUGACCUAACUAAUGGGCGAUUCUCGGGGACUCCGUCAACCUCGCGUUUCUCUGGUUCGUUGUUCAAUGAGGGAUCCCCAGUCACUAAUGCCAUGUCUGCACUGGAGAUGCUCUCCAACCUGUGUUCCGAAAGUCGCUGGGAAUGGAUCGAUGGAAUGCUUCUUGCGGGUUGUCUGGCUUAUGGACUAGGCGAUUACCACAAGGCGAUGAGGUGGUACUCCAGGAUUCUCGCGCGCGAUUCAUCGCACGUGGAAGGUAUAUCUAACCUAGCCGCAACUCUCUUGGCUCUUGAUCGCCGAGAGGAGGCUCUCCAGCACUGGCUGCGUGCCGUGAAACUACGUCCCAGUUUCUUUGAAGCUGUCGAGCACCUGAUCGGCCUGUUGUGCACCAGUCACCGUGGCAAAGAGGCCGUCAACAUCAUUGACUUUGUCCAAAGCUCUCUCCGCUAUCCUAAGGACGGUGACUGCUUCAAGACGGAUGAGCAUGCCAGUGAAACCGAAAGUGAUGCAGAUAGUAGCGUGUCCGAUGUGGGCAUGUUCGAUAAGGCAUCGUUUGAUUAUGAUGAUGACAUGGGCCGUGCCCAGAGUUGGAAUCUUGGCUCGCCGGAUACCGCCAAGCCCGUGGGGUUUGCGUCCAGCGGCUAUGAAAUUCCGGGUUCGGACAAUGGCAGGAUGUUGGCUUUGGUUCAUGCCAAAGGAAACAUGCUUUAUGCUCUUGGUGACAAUGCUGGGGCGGCAUCUGCAUUUGAGGAUGCUGUCCUCAUUGCCGCUGGGAGAAGACGGCAUGGCAUCCAAAGCCUCAUUAAGCAGAUUUUCGCCGCUUUCUCCCAGGGAUCGAGCAACAGCUACUCUGCAUCGAUGCCUGACUCGAAGGAAAGUAUUCUUCUUUACCCCGACCGGGCCUUACAGACCUCCAAGCUUGUCUUCCAGAGCGGGGGGAUGCCACCAGGUCUCAAGUACGUCGCCGAGGGUCUCGCAAGGAACGCAGCGGUUUCGACCACUAGCAACUCUCUCCUGUCCUUGGCAAAGAUUUACCAAGAUGGCAUGUCCAACAUCUCGUCAUCAAGCUCCCCGCGAUCAACCCCCGGUGUGCGUGAUAUCCUUGCUCUUUACUACCUUUCUCUCUCCCUCCAACCAAGUCCAUCUACGGCGAACAACGUGGGGAUCUUGUUGGCUGGAAUCCAAAACAAUCCGCCGGCGAGAGGGCUGGUGCGUCCCAAUGGAGAGAGCCAACACCCCGAAAUCCCGGGCGUUGUGCCCGGCAGCGGGAUCUCCCUUGCGCUGGCCUACUAUAACUACGGGUUGCAUCUUGAUUCUCGGCACGCACAUCUCUACACCAAUCUCGGAAGCCUGCUCAAAGAUAUCGGGCAGCUCCAAGCUGCCAUCAAGAUGUAUGAGCAAGCGGUCCAGUGUGACGGCAAAUUCGAUAUCGCAUUGGCCAAUUUGGCGAAUGCGGUCAAGGACGCUGGCCGGGUGAAUGACUCCAUCUCUUAUUACAAGCGUGCCGUCAAGGUGAAUCCAGAGUUUGCUGAAGCUGUGUGUGGACUGGCGAAUGCCUUGAACUCCGUCUGCAACUGGGUCGGCCGCGGUGGAAUUGUCAAUGGCCAUGGCUUCCGCGAUCGAUGGCAUGUAGAUGAAAAGGGUAUGCUCCGGGAUGCCCAGAGCAAUGACACGGGUGCUGGCUGGAUCAAACGGGUCGUCGACAUUGUCGAUCGACAGCUCAGAGAAGGCGAAUACUGGGGUCGUGGAAUCUUGACCGCCAGCACUGCGGAGCAGCUCGUUGCGCAGUUAUCGCCGGCUCUGGACUCCAGCCAUUUUGCGUCUAGUCAGAAGACGUCUCUGGUCAAGGCCCUCCAGUCGUGGGCUGGGCGCAAAUGGGAAGGUUCCCGCAUUGUCCGCCUCGUCGAGCGUGCCACCCGGUUCAUCACCUGGCAGUGGUAUCAGGAUCGCUAUGUGUACGGCAAAGAUUAUCCUGUUUCCAAAUACCGCCGUCCGCAGCUCCCGGCUGGGCUGAGCGCACCCAACGCGCCAACGGUCCUGCCUUUCCACACCUUCACCUGUCCUCUGUCUGCCAAGCAAAUCCGUCAAAUCUCUCAGCGGAAUGGUCUGCGUAUCUCAUGCUCAACCCUUCGGCUGCCCUGGCUCCCAAGCACGGUUUACCGCCCGCCGUCUCCGCCGAAUCCAUAUCUUCGGGUGGGUUAUGUGUCGUCUGACUUCAAUAAUCAUCCUCUGGCGCAUCUGAUGCAGUCGGUCUUUGGUUUGCAUAAUCCGUCUCGCGUCAAGGCGUACUGCUAUGCUACUACUGCGAGCGACAAGUCGGCUCAUCGCCAGCAGAUCGAGAAAGAAGCACCGGUCUUCCAUGACACCAGCGGGUGGUCAGUCGACCGUCUUGUACAACAGAUCGUCGACGAUGGAAUUCAUAUUCUGAUCAAUCUGAAUGGCUACACCCGCGGAGCUCGCAAUGAAGUCUUUGCAGCUCGCCCUGCGCCGAUUCACAUGUCAUUCAUGGGUUUUGCAGGGACGCUCGGUGCUGAGUGGUGCGAUUACAUUCUCGCCGACCAAAUUUCCAUUCCAACAGAUACUUUGAGUCCCGGCCGGCGUACGGCGCGGAUCGAGGAUCGUAUGCUUGUGGACGAUCAUGGCGAGGAUCUUGAGAACUGGGUCUACGGUGAGAAGAUUGUCUUCACACGCGAUACUUUCUUCUGCUGCGACCACCGACAGAGCGCGCCGGACGCGUCCGAGAAGCAUGUUUCGUGGGAUGAGGAGCAAAUCCGGCGUUGGCGGAUGCGCAAAGAGUUGUUUCCCAAACUUAGCGAUGACACCAUCAUCCUUGGGAACUUCAAUCAGUUGUACAAGAUUGAACCCACGACGUUCCGCUCGUGGCUGCGCAUUUUGGCGCGUAUUCCCAACGCAGUUCUUUGGUUGCUACGGUUUCCAGACCUGGGGGAGCAGAACUUGCGAGAUAUCGCAGUGGCUUGGGCCGGCGAAAAGACGGCUUCCCGGAUUAUCUUUACGGAUGUCGCCCCAAAGAACACGCAUAUCGCCCGAGCGAAGAUCUUGGAUUUAUUUUUGGAUACUCCUGAAUGCAAUGCGCAUACGACAGCAACCGACGUCCUCUGGAGCGGAACGCCGCUGCUCACACUGCCACGGUACAAGUACAAGAUGUGCUCGCGCAUGGCGAGCAGUAUCUUAAGCAGUGCUCUCCCCGGCACCGAGGCCGGCCAUCAGGCUCGCGAGGAGCUGAUCGCCAGCUCGGACGAGGAUUAUGAGAGCAAAGCCAUCCGGCUGUGUCUGGACCUGCAGUACGUACCCGCCGGUGAGGGCCGCGCAACAGGCCGUCUCACCGAGAUCCGCAAGAUGCUGUUCCAGGAACGGUACCGCAACAAGCUCUUCGACACGGCGCGCUGGGUCCGUGAUUUGGAAGAUGCCUACGAGCGUGUUUGGGCGCAAUGGGUGAAUGGCGAAGAAGGCGAUAUCUGGUUAUGA